GAGAGAUUCUGCUCAGACUGAAGUCAGAAAUGAAAGAGGAUUUGCUGUUAUGAUGUUGUCUCUAUAUUCUCUUGUCAUUCUGCUUUCUUCUGUGAGUGUGUGUGAGCUCAGGGUCGGUUCUGAUCCGGUUCCUCUGGACUCGAGCUCCGGGUGUCACUCCGGACUCAAACAGCUUCACGGACAGCAGGUGACCGGCCACCUGCCGCCCAACAUCACGGGACACUGGGUGUCCAACAGCUGCGAGGUGCGACCCGGCCCGGAGUUCAUCACCCGCUCCUACCGCUUCUUCCCCGACGGCAGCUUCCAGGCGCUGCAGUUCUACUACCAGGACCCUGAGUGCAGCGAGCCCAGCUACAGCCUGCUGAUCCGGGGCGGCGUGCGGCCGCUGCAGGCCUCCUGGCUGGUGCGCGGAGGAGCCGUGUGCGAGUACCACCUGAGCCGCGUACAGCUGCUGUGUCACGGCCCCGCAGCGGCGCUCAUCCAGCGGCGCCUGCGAUCGGCCUGCGACCUGCGGCAGCCGCUGCGGCCCGGUCUGACGUACGAGCUGUGGGACGAGCGUCGUGACUGCACCCGCGGCUUAGACUUCAGCAUGCAGGAGCUGCAGCUGAUGCGGCUGGAGCGGAGCGGUCACCAUGGCGACCCCAGCAGACAGAUAGAGGAGCUGUUCCUGGGAGACGUUCACACGGAGCGCGCUCAGAGGAGACUCCACCAGCCCGCGGGCUACCAGACCCCCCUGCAGAGCGCCAAGAGCGAGCGCUGUGGAGUCUGUCGGAUCGUGUCUUCGGCGGAUCUUCAUCAUCCUCCGGUGCUGCCGGCUCGGCCCGAGCGUCCGGUGCGUCUGCAGGGAGACUGGGUGAGCACGCGGUGCGAGGUGCGUCCGGGAGUCCUCUUCCUCACCCGACAGCUGACCUUCCACGAGGACAGCCAGACCUGGACCGGACAGUACGAGCACUUCUCUGACCCGGUCUGCCGUCACCCCACCUUCAGCAUCUCAGCCAGCGGACGCUACAGCCGCGGAGCUCCAUCUGCAGCCAUCGGGGGCGCCGUCGAGUUCACCUUCACCGUGACGCACAUGACGGUGACGCCCAUGGAUGAGGCCACCGCGUCUCUGCUGAAGGUGCUCCGCGGGCGUGCGUGUGGGUCCGAGGGCUCGUGGCAGCGGGGCGUUCCCCAGGACGUGACCUCCACCUCGGGCUGUGCGGCGCUGGGUGUGCGUCUGCCUCACACCGAGUACGAGCUCUUCAGCAUGGGUCAGGACCCGUCGGGACACAGCCUCCUCUACAACGGCCAGAGACCCAGCGACGGCUCCCGGAACCACAGACGGCGGAAGGGAGGGAGACGAGACGAGCCGCCAGCCCACUUCUGA